GAAAAAAAAGAAUGGUAUUUUCAGUUUCCAUAAUUCUAAGUUUGGGAAAACUGAUGAAGGAAACGCUACGAUACUUGGCAGGAAUCGCAGGCCCCAGUGGAUAUGGCUCCAACUCCACUGCCGAACAAGUCACUCAAAAUUAUUCUAUUUCUUCUUCUUCCACUUCUCAUCCUCUUACUGCUAUAAUCACUGGGGCAACUUCAGGAAUUGGAGCAGAAACAGCAAGAGUAUUGGCAAAGAGAGGGGUGAGAAUAGUGAUGGCAGCAAGAGACUUGAAGAAGGCAGCUCAAGUUAAAGAAGGGAUUCAAAAGGAAACCCCUGAGGCUGAGAUUAUUGUGUGUGAGAUUGAUCUCAGCUCUUUGGCUUCUGUUCAGAGGUUCUGUAAUCAAUUUCUUGCUCUUGGACUCCCUCUUAACAUUCUCAUAAACAAUGCUGGAGUCUUCUCUAAGAAUUUGGAGUUCUCUGAAGACAAAGUCGAGUUGACAUUUGCCACAAACUAUUUGGGGCACUAUUUUCUGACAGAGACGCUGUUAGAGAAAAUGAUAGAAACAGCAGCCAAGACAGGCAUAGAAGGAAGGAUAAUUAACGUGUCUUCUGUGAUCCAUUGCUGGGUGAAGAAAGAUGGUUUACGCUUUGGCCAAAUGCUCAACCCAAACAACUAUAAUGGCACUCGUGCAUAUGCUCAGUCAAAACUUGCCAAUAUUUUGCAUGCCAAGGAAAUGUCAAGACAACUUCAGGCAAGAAAUGCCAGAGUCACCAUUAAUGCAGUGCAUCCAGGAAUUGUAAAGACUGCAAUCAUCAGAGCUCACAAGGGCUUUAUCACGGAUUCCUUGUUCUUUAUGGCAUCAAAGUUGCUAAAAACUACAAGUCAGGGAGCAUCAACAACGUGCUAUGUUGCUCUGAGUUCGCAAACAGAAGGAAAGAGUGGAAAAUUUUAUGCAGACUGUAACGAGACUAACUGCUCAGCCCUAGCCAGUGAUGAGUUAGAAGCACAAAAGUUAUGGACUAAAACUCACAAUUUAAUCCACAGACGACUAAGUAAACCGGCCAGUUAACCAAAUAUUAUUCAACAUUUGUAUAAA